AUGAAACUAGAUGAUUUAUACACAGAUAAGCAAUUGAUCUACAAUAGUGUUAUAUCAAACAUAUGCAAAGCAAAACCAAAGUCAUCAAAUGCCAUCGCAACUACAAACGCAUCCACAUCAAACUACGUGUGUUUGAAAAUUGUCGAUGUUGAUUUUAAAAUUCCUCCACAUUCAAUUAAACGAGAAAUCAAAGCCAUCAAGUCCUUGCAAGAACAUGGUGGGAUAGUGAAAUAUAUCGAGGAUUUCCAAAUCUACGAAGAUGUGAUAUUGGUGUUGAAAUAUUAUCCAUUUAACUUAAAUCAAUUGAUCAUGAAUAAAAAGUAUUGCCGCAAACGAACACGAUAUGAUCUUGGUGGUGAUGGAUCUAGCAACGUCAAAUAUACGCUAUCGAACAUAAUCACCCAGUGGCAACUCAAACAACUUGUGACCAAUUUAGUAUCGUCCAUCAAGUUUAUCCAUGCCAAUGACAUAAUUCAUCGAGAUUUAAAACCAGGAAACAUCUUGUUUGUCGACGAAGAUAUAACCAAACCGGUAAUCGCUGAUUUUGGUGUUUGUUACAACUUGUUGGAUCCACCAGAAGAUGAACCAUUGAUGCAAAAGUAUACUGAUGUAAGUACCAGUAUUUAUAAGCCACCGGAAUUGAUUUUGGGUAUCAGUAAUUAUUCAUUUGAGGUUGAUUAUUGGUCAUUGGCGAUUGUGUUGACUAUUUUGUACUCUCCUGAUUUCAAGAGUAUAUUGAUACGAGACGACCAUGUGGGUGUAAGAGCUGACGAUAAUGAUGCUGACGAAGAAAUGAAUAACGAAUCGGGUAUUAGUGAUUUGCACUUGUUGAGCUGUAUAUUUAGAGUGUUUGGGACCCCAACUUACAAUGAAAAUGAUAUACAUAGUGAUGAGGAUAGGGAGCAAUUGUAUUGGCCAGAAUUGGAUGACGAUGAUUUGCAUUUCAAAAAAUUCAAUUUGAAACGGUUUAAGAGAAAGAGUUUGGCAGAGAUUAUACCGAAAUGUGAGGACGAAGAAGUGAAACACUUGUUUCAAAAAAUGACCCGUUAUGAUAGAGAGAAACGGCUGAUUGAAUGA